CCCUGGGAAAACCCCUCACCUACACUUCCUAUCCCCUGUGCAGACUAAAGGCUCUGUCCUCCACUCUGCAGCUCCAGGACGGUGCAGCUGCAGGGCUGACCAUGGACCCCCAUCUCAGCUCCCUCCUGGUCCUCGUGCUCUGCCUGGGCCAGACCAUCCACAUGCAGAACAGGGCCCUGCCCAAACCCUCCAUCACCGCGGAACUGGAUCCUGUGAUCUGCCGGGGUCGGCCUGCAACCAUCGUGUGCCGGGGCCCAGCCUGGGCUGACACAUUCCGUCUGGUGGAGAAGGAGAAUAUAUCUGCGUAUAGGGAUGAGAAACUCCCUUCUCAACAUGGCUCCCAGGGGGCAGAAGCCAGGUUCCUCAUCGAGGCAGUGAGUGAGGUCACGGCCAGGAGUUAUUUCUGCUUCUACAGUAAAGGGAUCAGCUGGUCUGAGUUCAGUGAGCCUCUGGAGCUGAGGAUGGCAGGCGAGGAUGGCUCCACUCCACCCUCAGCCCCUGCCUCCCUGAAUUACACAGUGGGGAACUCAGUAUGCAUCGGCCUAUCUUGUGUGGUGUUGCUGAUCCUGGUGGUGAUUCUGGCAGAGGCUGGGCACAGCUGGCACAGGUGGCCACACCAACCACAUGAUUGGAGACAAGAAAGCAGACACCAGAGAAAUUAGACUCCCGGCCCCAGGAGGACCCUCCCCAGUGCCCCAGGUUCCCAUUGGAGCCCAAAAGACCAAAGCCACCCACGUUUUGUGAAUUUCCCAGUGCACCUCGUGAGGCUGCGCUGUGCACGGGACUCUGUUCUUGGAAGGGUGCAGGAGCAGCGGGGACCUGGCCUCCUGUGUGGUCCAUCUCCUCCUCCAGGGUUUGGCUCCAGACCUGACCCUCACCCACUCACAGUCCUGCCCCACUACUGCCUGGGUCUCCCUCCUCUCCCGGAUCUCAGACAGGCCCCAGGUCCCUGCAGCCUCUGCCUCCCUCUUCCUCCUCCUGGAGCCCUGCAUUCUCACCUGCUUUCUGAGGACCGGGCAUGUGCUGCUGAAGACGUUGGUCUUGCCCACACCUGUCACCUGUGGAACUGCACCUGUUCUGGGCCCCUGCUCACCCACCUCUGUUCCUGGAAUGGUCUCUGCCUCCUGCAUCUGUCCUCUUGGGUCCCUGCUGACUUGGAUCUAAAGUCCAGGGAAGGCUCUUGGCCAAAACCACAGUGCGAUACCACCUCACACUCCUCAGGACGAGUAUUGCUGAAAUCAUUUUUAAAUGGUGGGCACUAGACUUCCUGGGGUGAUCACUUCAUAAGGUAUAUAAAUGUCUAACCCCUGUGCUGUACACUUGAAAUAAGAUAUUGUAUGUCUAUUGUAAUUGAAGAGUAAAUUAAACAUAAU